CAACACGCACGAGCAUAGGAGCCGCGUUGGCGCAGGCCAGACAGCGCGCACAUUUCGUAUUAAUCGCCAGCAUGCAGUGGUGUCAGUGGUGGCGCGCCUCUGCACUGAUUUGGGCUGUAGCAGCAGCUGGCCCACUGCAACCAUUGCAGCGCUUGCGUCGCAUCGAUGCAACUGGGCGGCUACGCGACGGUAGCCGUCAAGUAAUUGCCGUACAAAAGCUGCGCGGCGGGUUUGGCGGCGGUCUGUUCGAGUCGUACACGAAUUUGCUCGCGAGAGCGCCUCUCCGCACGAAUAUGGUUACAGCCGCCUGCCUCGCCAUGACGUCGGAUGCAGUAGCGCAGCGGUUGUGCGUGGACACGGAAGCGAAGCUCGAUGAGUGUGCAGUGUACGAUUACCCGCGGACGGCCUGGAUCGCCCUGUGGGGCUCCGUCGUGAGCGGCGCCAUGCUCCAGCAGUGGUUUGUGCUGCUCCGGUGGCUGUUCCCGCUCUACAAGACGAGCAACUGGCAGCUGGCGGGAAAAGUGUUCGUCAAUCAGCUUGUUAUGUCACCGGGUCUUAACGCGGGCUUCUUCGCAUUCGUGAUCCUCACCCGUGAUCCUCCAGUAUUGCGCUUCAACGCCGAGAAGCGACGCGAGUACGGCCGGAAGAUACGGGCCGAUUUACCAGCGACUUGCCUCCGCUCUUGCGUCUACUGGAGUAUCGUCCAAACGUUUAAUUUCCGGCUCCUGCCGCCAAAGUACACCGUGAUCGCGACGAGCGCCGCCUACUUGGUGUGGACCGUCUACCUGUCGCUCGUCGCGAACAUCAGGCGGGGCUAGUUGUUGUUUAAGUCAUUAACUCUU